GUGCUGAAGAUUUCUGUGUCGCAUGUCAGACACUCCAGAGAUGACUGAACCCCUCUGCUAUAUGAGCAUUAUCAGGAGACUUUGCUUUUGAAUGAAAAUCUUUCCUAUUGUUACGCCUUUAUUAAAAUGCAGAGUUUGGAGAACACAGACUUCAAGCAGAUGAUCCCAUUUACAAUGACAGAACAGUGAUGACAACUGUUGGUGAACAAGAUUCGAGAAAAAGGAACCUGGACGGUAGGGGAGAGGUUCUUAGAUGACAUUCAGCUCUGGAGCGUUCCUCUUCACCUUCUUUUGUGACAGCCUUUUGUUCUUUGUUAUCUACUGUUAUGCCAAAUUUGCACAAGCUGCAUGGAUUAAGAAGAUCAACAGCUUAAUUGUUUUCAAGUAUACAAGCUUGCAUUGCUUUAAUAAAGAAAAUCUUUUGGAAAUAUCACCACCAGAGUUUAAAAAAUCCAAAUGAGAGAACAAUCACAUAAAUACUAGUGAUGGCAGCUAAACAUCACCUCGGAGCUGAGAGCAGGAAGGACUCGGUACCUUGCUGCAAAUGUGGAUGACUGAAUCUUGACCCUGUCCUUUUAACUGUAAUGAAUUGUUUAUUUAGUUGUCGUAUAUUAUCAUGAUUAUUAUAUCAAUAUCGUUAUCCUGGAAGGAAUAAACUCUGUGAAGAAGUCUUUCAAAGCUGAAAUGAAACCAUUGUGUAAGAAAGUUGAACAGUUUGAAGAAAGAAUACGAAGAAAAGAAAGUAAACCAUACACGGUUUCCUUUUAUGAAAAUUAGGAGUCUGUGACAUAGCUGCCUCUGUUUUCUUCUAGAGAUUUUACACAAUGCUGGGAGAUGGAAUAUAUUCACUGUUGGAUUGUUUCUUCCUGCCUUUUUCUUUGUACUGGAUUUCAAGUACUAUUUUGAUUGCCUUCACCCACUAGGAAAAGGAAAUUAAAUAUUUCUUUCAAUUGUUGAACUUCAAAAAUAGUGAUACACAGUUACAAUAAUAACAGCAGUAAUGCUUCAAACUGUGUUGUGGUUCUAAACUGCUUCUCUCGAUAAACAAUCCAUUGACAGCAGAUUUGCAAAAAAUGAUUCUACAUAUGGUCAACAUUAAUAGAGAGGAUCUAUUAGAUUGCUUCCAGAAGUUUAUUGUGUAUUAAGGUGUCUGAACAGCUUCAAUUUAAAGGAUUGGGAGGAAUCCCUGCAAAGGAAGAUUCAUGGAAAUGAUGCAUGUGAAUAAUUUCCCCUUCAGGAGGCAUUCAUGGAUAUGAUGCUGCCUGGCCUGCUGAGUUCCUCCAGCAUCAUCAUCUUUUUCAUUCAGGUUAGGCAGUUUCUGUGGAGAGAGAAACCAUUAAAAUUCCAGUUUUGACGUGGAUAAUGGCACAUCAUCAGGUCGGAGUCCCCUAGAUCCAAUGACGAGUCCUGGCUCAGGACUCAUUCUACAGGCCAACUUUGUACAUAGUCAACGGCGGGAGUCCUUCCUGUACCGGUCUGAUAGUGACUAUGACCUCUCUCCAAAGUCUAUGUCAAGGAACUCCUCCAUUGCGAGUGAUAUUCAUGGAGAUGACCUAAUAGUGACUCCUUUUGCGCAGGUGCUAGCAAGUCUGCGCACUGUAAGGAACAACUUUGCUACACUAACCAACUUGCAAGAUCGAGCAUCCAGCAGCAAGCGCUCACCAAUGUGUAACCAACCACCCAUGAAUAAGCCAAGUUUCACAGAGGAGGCCUACCAAAAACUUGCAACAGAGACCCUGGAGGAGCUUGACUGGUGCUUGGACCAGCUGGAGACCCUGCAGACCAGGAAUUCUGUCAGUGAAAUGGCCUCCAACAAGUUCAAGAGGAUGCUCAAUCGUGAGCUUACUCACCUCUCUGAGAUGAGCCGCUCGGGCAAUCAGGUCUCUGAGUACAUAUCCAGUACAUUUUUAGAUAAACAGCAUGAAGUUGAAAUUCCAUCACAAGCACAGAAAGAAGAAAAGAAAAAGAGACCUAUGUCACAGAUCAGUGGCGUGAAGAAACUCAUGCACAGCUCAAGCUUAACAAAUUCUAGCAUUACUAGGUUUGGAGUCAAAACUGACCAGGAAGAUCUUUUGGCAAAGGAAUUGGAAGAAAUUAAUAAAUGGGACUUUAACGUCUUUAAGGUUGCAGAGUAUUCCGGAAGCAGACCUUUAACAGUUGUCAUGUACACGAUUUUUCAGGAGCGGGAAUUAUUAAAAACAUUCAAAAUUCCACCAGACACUUUAAUUACCUACUUGAUGACCCUGGAAGACCAUUACCAUGCAGAUGUAGCUUUUCACAAUAACAUUCAUGCAGCCGAUGUUGCUCAGUCCACUCAUGUUUUACUAUCAACACCUGCAUUGGAGGCUGUCUUUACUGAUCUGGAGAUCCUUACUGCAAUAUUUGCAAGCGCUAUUCAUGAUGUGGAUCACCCAGGGGUUUCAAACCAGUUCCUUAUCAAUACAAAUUCAGAACUUGCCUUGAUGUACAAUGACUCAUCAGUGCUGGAGAACCAUCAUUUGGCAGUUGGCUUUAAACUUCUGCAGGAAGAGAACUGUGAUAUUUUCCAGAACUUGACUAAGAAACAAAGACAGUCACUUCGGAAGAUGGUCAUUGACAUUGUUCUUGCUACAGACAUGUCCAAACACAUGAACUUACUAGCUGACUUGAAAACUAUGGUAGAAACAAAAAAGGUGACCAGCUCUGGAGUACUCCUUCUAGACAACUAUUCAGAUAGAAUACAGGUUCUACAAAAUAUGGUGCACUGUGCAGAUAUAAGCAACCCCACAAAACCUCUUCAGUUGUACCGCCAGUGGACGGAUAGAAUAACAGAAGAAUUCUUUCGCCAAGGAGACCGAGAAAGGGAAAGGGGAAUGGAAAUAAGUCCCAUGUGUGAUGAGCACAAUGCCUCCAUUGAAAAAUCACAAGUGGGUUUCAUUGACUACAUUGUCCAUCCUCUAUGGGAGACGUGGGCUGACCUAGUCCAUCCUGAUGCACAGGACAUGUUAGAUACGCUGGAAGAUAAUAGAGAAUGGUAUCAGAGCACAAUCCCACAGAGUCCUUCACCUGCCCCUGAUGAUGGUGGUGAAGGACGACCAGGACAAGUGGACAAGUUCCAGUUUGAGUUAACACUAGAAGAAGAUGGUGAAUCAGAAACUGAAAAAGACAGUGGUGGUAGCCAGGGGGAAGAUGACAACAGCUGUAGUGACUCCAAGACUCUUUGCACCCAAGACUCCGAAUCAACAGAAAUUCAAUUGGAUGAGCAAGUAGAUGAAGAAGAGGGCCCACCAGAUGCCUCUAGGGAACAGGAGGUAGAGGAAGAAGAAGAGAAGGCUGUAGAUACAUAAUAAUAUUGACGGAGAAGGUAUCUUGGAAGGAUCUUCCAACCACAUGUGUAGCUACAGCUAAUGCCAAUUCCUCAUCCUCAUCGACCAGUACUUUGUCUAUCACAAAGCCAGGAAUCAUCUAGAUGACUCUGUACUCAGGAAUAACAUGUCAGAAUUUCAGUUCCACGUCAUCAUUACAGCAUGGGAAAUCUAUUUAAAAACUGAUCAUUACUACUAUCAGAUUUAUGAAUCCGCAAUAGGAAUGGAUUGCUUUUGGUGGGGAAAAAUUAUUAAACCAAAUGUGGGUUUUGUUUUCACAAAGCUGUAGCUGUUUGAGCUUUUUCCAUUUACAGAUGAAAGUAAAGUAUGGAUAUCCAUUCAUGAGAUUAUGCUGCGGACACUGGUUUCAUCAAAUGCUUCAGCAAUGAAGUUUGAAAUGCACAGUAUUGUAUGAGACUGCAGUUAGAGGAGAUUUGUCACCAAUGGGAAGUUUGAUCAUUUAUGAAAUCACAAGACGUUUUAUAAUUUCAAGUCUUCCUUGAAACCUGACUGUAAAAACUGUACUGCUAUAAGCUGUACUGACCUCUUUUUGUAUCAUAUGUAAUACAGAGAACUUUUUUAGAUUUUACUUUUGUUAAUACAGAUUUAUGGAGGUAUAUUUAAAAAUACUUUGAAUUUUCAUCUGUUAUUGUUAGAUAUACAAGUAACUUGCAAGUUCUCUGUACAGUUCUGUAAUGCUGAGUACAAGUAGUUCUUUACCAUCUUACAUGUUAUGAUUUUAUGAAUUUAAUACCAUUUAAAGCAGUUAUUCUCUGGGAAUAAAAAUGCCACAAGUCCCCAGAUGCUGCAUUUUUCUUUGUUAACGAUUGCAUUAAAAGGCAUUGGAUUCAAGUUAAACCCUUGAUUUAUAUGCUGCCCAGACAGCUUCUGGAAACUCCUAGAAAGCAGACAAUCAACCUUGAUAGGCUGUCUCCAGAGUUGGGCAUAAAAUGCACUGAAUUUCACAACACUCAAAUUUUCUUGCCAAAAUAUGCUCAAGCUGUAGACAGUUUGUAACAGUAAUACAAACAAUGUUACUUUGCAUUAUUACUAAGAUUCCAAUGAAAUAUUUCCAUAUUGUGUAAAGCUGUGUAGACUACUGUAUGGAAGCAUGUAGUCUCCAAAUCAGUACACUUUAGCUUGCAAGUUACUGUACCAAUGCAAAACUUUUUCUUCCCCACCCACCCAACCUCACCAACACACCCUCCCCCCUCCCCACCCAUCCAUAUCAGGAUGUCUUGGGGAGAAUUUAUAGAUGGAACAAACUGUAAAACUUGAAUAGGUCUGGCUGUUAAAGAGCACCUAUUGAAUGAGCUCAUUUUACUCCAUUAUUUAAUUUUGUUGCCAUACCUUUUUUCCCUCACCAGAUGACCUUACUUGUAAUCCAGUCUUGUUUGUCUCUGUUUACAACCAUGUAUUUAUUGAACUGUACAUACUGUAAUGUUCAUUGUAAAUUAUUGAUUCUUAUUAUAACACAAUUCCUAAUGGAGUGGUGUUACUACAUUGGAAUCUCCUUGUGAAAAAAAUGAAUAUACUUAUAUCUGUAAAUUUUCUUCUAUAAUAUUAUGCCAUCUGUAGCUUGGCUAAGGAGAACCUUGAGGAAAUCAACACUUGAUGUAAACGGUUGCAGGCCUUUGGCCCCAGGGUUGUGCCUUAACUUUCUCCAAUAUAUUGUUACUGUCUGCUGCAUUUCAAAGCUUACUAGUCAAGUGACAGUUCGAUGAAAGGGGAGAUUCUUUCCUAUUAAAAACAGAGCCUCCUUUGACACGUAAACUGUAGAUUUCAGCAGCCCUGGCCCAAAGGAAUUGGACACAUUUUUUUUCUUUUUGAAUUAAAUCAUAAUAAAAGGGAUUACAGACAAUUGUUAUCUACAGAGACUCCUGAACAAUUUAUUUUGUUUUGAAUAUGUCCUUAGAGCAGCAACUUGUCUGGAGGUUGCAAAAGAAGAAUCUUUCAAUGUUUUUCCUAAUCUCUUACAGUCUAUGGUAUAGCACUGUAUGUAUAUCAUGCUGAGAAACCUUCAUAAAAUGUUUUUAUAUGCAAUGAUAAAAAUAAAAGCAUGAGUUGAUUCUA